AGGGGUGGCGGGCGCGUGUGCUUCGCUCGGUCGUGCCGCCUCUGGAGGCUGCAGCGCGUGCGCGGGGCAGGGGCACUCGCUGCGGGAUUUGUCGUAAUGGAUGAAAACACAGGAUACAAUAAAGUUGAAGAUGUGGUUGGUUGUCAUGUUGAAGAUGCUGUGACAUUUUGGGCACAGAACAUGAGUAGAAAUAAUGACAUCUUGAAAUUAAGUCAUGCACUGGCUGAAGUUUGUCCUCAGGCCAACUCAGUUUUUGGCAAUCCUGAUUUUACUAAGAUCUACGGUGGAUGUUUUUCUGAAGAUAAAUGCUGGUAUAGAUGCAAAGUACAGCAAGUGAUCAGUGAUGAAAAGUGUCAGGUAUUAUACAUUGAUUAUGGAAAUUCUGAGAUGCUAAAUCGAUCAGAAAUAGUUGAGAUUCCAAAGAACUUGCAAUUUCCCAGCAUUGCUAAAAAGUAUAGACUCUGGGGACUACAGAUUCCUCCUGAUCAAGAUUUAAAUCAAUUUGACCAGGGGAGAAAGUUCUUAUGCAGUUUAAUUUUUGAAAAAGAAAUAAAAAUGCGACACAAAGCCACAUACCAGGAUGGUACCAUUGUUGCCCAGGCCGAGUAUGGAAACGUGGAUAUUGGGGAAGAAGUGGCUAAGAAGGGGUUUGCUGAAAAAUGCAAAUCCCCUAUAAAUGCUAACAACUGCAAUGAGAAAAAAAUAGAUGUCGCUCAGUACCAACCCUGGAAUGCAAAAGUUUCAGCUCCAGCAUGGGAGAACAGACCCAACCCUUCAGUAUCCAACCGACUGAAAGGGCAUUUUGGUGACCAGAUAGGUACCAACAUGAGGAAUGAAAAUCAUACUGGGAACCAUAUGCCUUUUGUGAAGGAAAAAUUGAUGGCUUGUGACUUUAAUAUAGGGUCAAACAUCAGUUUGGCAAAAAUAAAACAGGAUCAGAAACUGAUUGAAGAGAAUGAAAAGCUCAGAAACGAGAAAGAGAUUCUCCAGAAGGAGAAUCAAAUUCUCCUCCAAAAUUAUAAAGAACUAGAAUCGACAAUUGCACAGCUGAACCAUCAAGUGCAGGAAGAAAAGGAAACAUCUAAGGAAACUCUUAAACAUUUGGGGAAAACUCUGCAUACGUAUGUAGGAACUAAAAUGAGAAGUUUGGCUGCCCAGAUUGAGGUACUGAAAGACAUUAGGUGUUCAGAUAUGAAUGUUCAUUUUGGAGAUGACCUCUUCAGAGCUGUAAAGGAGGUUACUGAAAGAUGUCUCAUUGCUCCGUCUUCCUUGGAAAAGUUGGAGAAGAUUUGGGCAGAAUAUAACUUGGCUCAGGAGAUGAUUCAGUUGUGCAAAAAUGUGAAUGAAAGUGAUAUCUUGAUUCUCAAGAGAAAUGAAGUGCGACAGAAUUUGUACUCUGCAGUGGAAGAAUUCAUUCUGGAAGUGGAUGAGCUACCUCUCUCUGAACGUUCAACUAUUUUGCAGGAACUGUCUGGUUCUCUGGAGGCAAUAUAUGGUCAAGUUAGUGAAGCAGAUGACUCUGAGGAGACAUUUCAGCAGUUUUUUGAGUGGAAGCAAAUUAAACUGGAGGAAUUCAGUCGUGUCAGAAGUGGUACAAAUGCUUCCCUACAGAUUCUUGCAACAUGGUUCAGUGGCAUGAUAAAGUUUUUUGACCUGACAUCAGAAGUAUCUCUGAAGUCAGAAGAAGUGGUUGGCAACGUGGAUGAAGUUCUUGAAAAGGCUGAGUCGGAUAUCUGGAAAGAGCUGGAGAUUUCUCUAGUUGACCAAGAUGAGGCAGAUAAGGAAAUAAUCUUAAAUGCUUACAAUAAAGUUAUACAGAAGAUCCAUCAGGAGCAACAUCUUAUCACUGUAGUACAGAGCAAGUAUUUGGCCAGUGUUGAGUUUAAAAAGCAGAUUGUGGAAUGGUUGAAUAAAAGCCCCAACAUUGACACUUUGUUAUCAAUUAAGAAGACUUUGAAAAAUGUAAAGGCACGACUCAGAUGGAAGUUGGUUGAAAAGAGCAACUUGGAAGAAUCUGAUGAUUACAGUGAGUAUGAAAUAACAAAAGUAAAAGAAGAAAUCACUGGACUGAGAAACAAUCUUAUUCAGGAAAUAUACAAUGAACAAGAAGAAUAUGAGACGCUUACUUACCUGGUGCAGAAAUGGUUCCCUGAGCUGCCACUCCUUCACCCAGAAGCAGGAAUUCUGAAGUAUAUGAACUCUGGUGGACUUCUGGCAGUCAGCUUAGAACGGGAUCUUCUUGAUGCUGAACCUCUUAAGGAAUUGAGCACGAAGCACCCAUUAGUGUGUUCAGAAGUUCAAGAACAGAAGGUUCUUUUGAAGGGCUAUGCGGUAGAUGUGAGCACAGAGGCAAAAGUGAUAGAAAGAACAGCCAGAUAUCACAGAGCUUGGAGUGAAUUUAAGGAGAAAUCUGGAUUAUUACAGUUGAUGUUCCUUUUUUUGUGCAAGUCUGAUCCUUUGGUAUAUCUGAUGGUCCCAUAUUACCCAGGAGCAAGUCUAGGAGCACUGCAAGCUGGUACACCUUUAACUUCAGAAGAAAUAUUGAAAGUGAUGGAAGGAGUGGCACGUGGCCUGCAUACGCUGCACAAAGCUAAUAUAGUUCAUGGAUCUCUGCAUACAAAUAAUGUGUUUGCUGUGAAUCGAAAACAAGGAAUAGUUGGAGACUUUGACUUCACCAAAUCAGUGGAUCAACGUGCCUCUGCAAACUCUAUGGUAGUGGGUAACUUGAACUUAAUUUCACCUGAAUUAAGAAUGGGACACCUGGCAUCUCCAUCCUCUGACAUGUAUGCCUAUGGCUGCCUUCUAUUCUGGGUCCCAAACGAUUUCUCAAUUUGGAAUGAAUUAGUCCAAAGGAAGAAAAUACUCUUUCCACACCGUCAGAAGAAGCUACUACUGUUAAAACUAUUUGCUGGAGACCAAGAAUUUAAAAUUAAGGAAAAUGGAACCCCUGAAGUGGAUGAACUUAAUAUGGAUGAUAAGGUUAAAUCUCUACUCUUGAAUCUGAUCUGCAGUAACAGAAUGACAGCUGAGCAAGUGCUGAAUGAUGACUGUUUCUUGUUGCCUGAUGUGAUCCCAGCUCCACCACAGAAUGAACCUGGUGAAGAACUUGAAUGUGAAAAGGCAGAGGAAAAAGGCGAGGUCAUAAUCAGUUCUGACAACAAGACAGAUGAUGAGGAGGAGAUGGACCCUUCUCAGUAGGCCAGAGGACUCGCCAGCCAUUUGCUUCAGUUAUUUUUAUUUUGUUUGAGUUCUAAAAAAAAAAAGAAAAGAAAAUGUUACAAGUGAUCUGAAAGUAGUUGUCCUACGCUCAAAUAUUUAAAAUAUAAAAGGGUUUGGUAAGCCUAACCAUUUUUGUGUAAUUACAGGUGUGGUCCCUUCGUUGGGAUUUCUUUUAAAAAAGUAUGUUUCUGAAUAACUGUUUGAAGUUAAGAGCAUGAUGAUGCUAAUUGAGGCAGUAGCAAGGAGAAAUGCACUUAAGUUUAUCAAGGCUUUGCUUUUUCAUUUUGACCAUUCUGAGGAUCUUUCGAGGAGAUGUUAUCUACUGGUGGUAGAGCUGUUAGCCAGAUACCAGGAGAUCAGAUAUGUGGCAUCAUGACUCCUUUUCAUGCCCGCUAUCCUCUUCCUCUUACCCCAUCUCUUGCUCUGUUCCCUUCCAAGAUGUUUCUGUUAAAAUAGAUGACUGCUGCUCUUACUGAGUGGCCAGUGAUGUGUUUUGUCAGAUAGCCAGGCACGUAUUCCAACAGCAGCUGCCUCUAAGACAAAAAACACCCGUGGUGCCUUGAGAACUGGUCAGCAGAAUGUACUAAGUGAAGAGAGCUAACAAGCCUAUUUUCCCUCCCCAGAGUCCAAGCAAGGUAUGUUUGAGCCCUUCUGACUCAGUUGGCAAAAGGCCAAGGAUAUUGUGUUUGUCUCAUCUUUGCAGUGCUGCCACUAUGCCACCUGUCUGAUAAAUAAAAUACCAGGCCUUGUUAUCGCAAGAAAAUCUUGCUUGUCUGUUUAUAAAAGUGUGUGUGUCGGGGGGUGUUUUUUAUAGGAAAUCAUUUAGUAUCUUUCAGGUUUUGAUCCCUGACAAACAUAAAUAAGAUUUCUGAAUGUUUGUCUAAAUAUAUUCUGCAGAUUUUCACCCUGGGGAGAGGGUAGGGUUGUUUGAAGGAACAAAAGAAUAAAAACUCCAAAAGUAUUAUGCAAAAUUUGAAACAAGUCUAUUUAUAACUACUGGGGUGCAAGAAGUCACUCCUGACUUACAUGUUAAUUGAGGCCACUGCUGAGUCACUCUUUCAUUCAGUAGCAUAUUUGGAGACCGAAAUGGGAAGGAGGGAGCAGCAGUGGAAAAGAAAAGGGACCAGAGACAUAAUUCCUGUAAGAAUAUAUCUGGCCACAGGGUGUUGCUCUUGACUGGUGAUGUUGCUCUUGGACAGCGUUUUAGCCGGAGACUAGUGUGUGUAGGGGAACUUUUAACAGAAUUGCUGUAAUAGGCCAUUACCAUUUGAAGAAUGUACAGUGUUGUGUUUUUUGUUUUGGGGAAAGACUCGGAAGUUUCAUACAGUGAUACAGUCAAUGCUGGACUUAAGAUGCAGUCUUGGAAUUGCUUCUGUAACGUUAAUGUUUUGCUGGAGGUGGUAUUUCAGCUUUAAAUGACAUUUGAUUUGUUUUUUGGACUUUGUUUUGUUAUAGAAUAUUUUAUUAAAAUGUCUUAUUUUUCUGAUUAGAGGACUCUGAUUUUCAGAUAUUUGUAUCUAUAAUAAAAAUUAGUGAUAGCAAAAUCUUUGUAAAGUGGUUUUGGUUUUAAAAUUGUUUAAGGUUGACAAAUUAAUU